GACGUGGCCGCGCUUUGACCUGGCGGGAUCUUGCAGAUCGCAAGGCUAAUCUUCACACACAAAAGAAAGAACAAUCGAGCGCAUUGUAUUGUAAUCUUAGUCCUCAAAGACCAGGGGCCAGAACAUGCUGUAGCCUCAUGUCGUUAUGUUUUGCUGAUUUGGUAACCCUUGGUGCGGCCUUCUCCACAGGGUGGCAUGCAUGCCGACAAUAUCAUAGUGCUGUCGAAGGUGCACAUUACACGAGUAUCCCGUCCUAUAGCUAUGCUAUGCGAUCUUCUGCAACCUGUUACAGUCUCAUGCCUAACACACAUGAGGUCUCGGUGCGCAGAGUACGACACGGCGUUCAUCGGUUUGCCUGGAGUGUUGCAAAGCACAGACUUGUUUUGGGUGUCGUCUUAGCAGCUCCCCAAACUGCAGCCACCUUGACAAUCAAGAUAGUCGAUGCAUUUGCUAUUAGGAGGGUCCAGUUGCGGUCUGGAAUAUCGAAGUAUCACCUAUUUGAAGUUCCUCGUCAUGCCGUGACUUGCAUACCAAUCAGGAUUCAAGAUUCUGUGCACACCGGAGUGCUAUGCUCACCGGAGCUUGACAAUAACCCACUGGAUCGUAACGCGUUGGUCGAAUCUCACUGUGGAGGGUGUUACUAGCCAUCUGCCAGAAAUUUGAUAUAUCGAUAUCGCGCACUGCUACGUAUUGGCAUAAUGUACUGGCCAAGGACACUGUAAUCUCACUCACUGCGGAAGGUGUACCAACCAUCUGCCAUGGAAUUGAUGAUUAAGCACUGCCGGGAGUGAUACGCCCAA